CGAGAAUUGAGGAAGGAUAUAUUGAUGAAGCCGAAAGACUAGAAAAGCAAAGUCAAACCUACUUAAAAGAAAUUGAAGCAGCCAAAUUCCACGAACAAAGAGGCAAAAUUAAUUGUGAAUGUUAUCGGUGUGUGGAAAGUAAGAGAAUACAGGGGGAGAUUAAAGCACAAUUACUCAAAGAAGACAAAACCAAAAAAGAACAAUGUCUGGAAUGUAAAAAAUGGGUUAAGGAAUUGGAUGAGGAAGCAGGAGUAUGUAAAGGUUGUAAGAGGGAGUAUGAAUAA